CUCUGCAGACUCUGCGCACCGUUGUACAGCACUGCCAGUCUGCAGCAUCCAUCAGAUCUGUCAGUUCCCUCCCUCCCCUAUGCACACCGACACGCACUCAGACACUCAGACACUCAGACUGUCAGCCCGUUGGUGUCCUUCCGCUACCUCCCUCCCCACACACACGUCUACUCCCGGCCCGGCCCGCUGCCUGACCUGUCAGCCGCCCGCACACCUGAAUGCAAUAUGUAGUGUACACCCCUGCCUGUCUGUCUAUCGGCCUGUUCCUCUCCCGUGCGGCUGCGGUGGCCCUGGUGGGGCCCCUCCGGGCCGCUGGGGAUGCAGCGGGGGUCUGUAGGCAACGCCAGCCGGAGGAAAUGGGAGCAUGGGGGGUGGCGGGGGAUGAUGUGACGGCGAUGGUCCGGAUGGAGGUGCAGGCGGCCGGGAAGGGGGCGGAUAGUGCACGUGUGGAGCCGCAGCGCCGCCAGGGUUGAGUGGAGGGGGGCCGCCAUAGAGUGAUGAGGGGCGGUGGGACGCCAUCAUGGCGGCAGGAGGGCCGGGGGGAUGGACCAUCGGCAGCAUCGACGUGGCAGGGCUGGCGAAGGGGGGCGCCGCAGCAGAGAUGACAGACGAGGAGGCGACCUGACAACAAAAACACACAGAGAUCAUCACGCCUUAGUCGUGUGGAUGUCUUUUUCUCGGCUGUGCCCACCGCAGGAGCACUUGGCCUGGCUGUGCCGUCGAGCGCUGACCGGGGAACCGCCGCUGCAGCAGCAGAACCACCAGCGACCUGACCGCCAUACAUACAGAGAACCGGCCCGUCUUUGAUGCUUGCUAGCACUGAACACAUGUAGACAUCAAUACCUGCUGUGGAUUUUGAGGAAGGUCCUUCUGCGCCAUCCACGCCAUCAAAUCCUUCGUCAU